GCCCUUGGGCCGCCCUGAGGGGGAGGUGGGGCUUGCGAACUUCGGGGACGGGCCUCUGAGGCCUAGCAUUUCUCCUCGGAAAAAGGAGAGGGCGUCCGACCAGCAGACAUGGUGGAGGCCUGGUACAUGGAUGACUCCGCGGAGGAUCAGAGGAAACCGCACAGAUUAGAGCCCGGGCGUCCCGUCAGCCUGGAACAGCUGGAGCAACUCGGCGUCUUUUACUGGAAACUGGAUGCUGACAAGUAUGAGAAUGACCCAGAGCUAGAGAAGAUCCGAAAAGAAAAAAACUACUGCUGGAUGGACAUCAUAACUAUUUGUAAAGACAAGUUGCCAAAUUAUGAAGAAAAGAUCAAGAUGUUUUAUGAAGAACAUUUACACCUUGAUGAUGAAAUUCGCUAUAUCCUGGAUGGAAGUGGGUAUUUUGAUGUAAGAGAUAAAGAGGACAUGUGGAUCCGCAUCUUCAUGGAAAAAGGAGACAUGAUAACGCUUCCCGCUGGGAUUUAUCAUCGCUUCACCCUGGAUGAAACGAACUAUGUUAAGGCAAUGAGGCUGUUUGUGGGAGAACCGGUCUGGACACCGUACAAUCGUCCAGCUGACCAUUUUGAAAUUCGAGGACAAUACUUGCAGUUUCUGGCCCAAAAAGCAUAAUGGUACUCACUGGAGACUGAUUCACCACUUGGAAAAGGACCAGACGUGAUAACUAAGCAAAAUAUUUAACAGUUUCCUCUUUUCUUCCAUAUCAUGGGUCUUAGUUUAGUUUUUUUCUUUUCAAGAUUGUCUGAUUUAAGAAAGGAAAAGUCAUUAAUUCAACAUGAAAUGAACUGAGAUUAUGGACAAAUCCUUCUUUAAUAAAAAAAAAAAUUUUGUUUUGGUUUCUCUACUAUAAAGCAAAAAAUCUGGCUUGGGUUACAUGGAUUUAGAUAUUUAAAAAUAUGUCCCUAAAAUUAUAGAGUAAAAUGCUUUUUUGGUAUUAUCUUUUACGAAUGAUUAAUCCCAUUCUAGUACUAUGAAGGGUAGGUGUUUAUAUAUCAGGUAAGCAUUAGAAAUUGGUUCUACAGAAGGUUUUGCAAGGGACAAUGUUGAAAAAUUACCCAUGCAAUAUGUUUUGUAAAUAAAAAGCUAUAAUAAUAAAAAAAAAAUUUUAAAAGAAA